AACUGCCCAUACCCAAGCCCAUGGUGCCCCAGCUAGCCCCUCCCAAGAUUCCAGAGGGGGAUAGGGUGGACUUUGAUGACAUCCACAGGAAAAGGAUGGAGAAGGACCUCCUGGAGUUGCAGAGUCUGAUUGAUGUCCACUUUGACCAGAGGAAGAAGGAGGAGGAGGAGCUCAUUGGGCUGAAGGACCGAAUUGAGAAGCGUCGGUUUGAGAGGGCAGAGGUGCAGCGAGUUCGAGUGGAGAAGGAGCGGGACCGGCAGAACAGGAUUGCGGAAGAACGGCAGAGAAAGGAAGAUGAGGAGGCUAAAAAGAAGAACGAUGACGAGGCCAAGAAGAAGAAGGUUCUUUCCAACAUGGGGGCCAACUUUGGGGGCUUCCUGCAAAAGGCGGAGCAUCGUGGGAGGGGGAAGCGUCUAACGGGGAGAGAGAUCAAGAAGAAGACCUUGGCUGAGAGACGACCCACACUGGAGAUCGACAACCUGAGAGAGGACGCCCUGAAGCAACGAGCUCAGGAGAUGUGGAACUGGAUCUACUCGCUGGAGUCGGAUAAGUUUGACUUCAUUGAUCACAUGAAGAAACAGAAAUAUCAGAUUAUCGUUCUCUUGAAUAGAAUCACGAGUGCCCAGAAAUUUAAAAAGGUCCAUGGUAAGGGGAAGGUUGGCGGUCGGUGGAAGUAAAGAAGCUCCCGCUCUCAUAGGGCCAAAGGGAGAAGACAACUUUGGAGGGAACAAGAAAGGAGGGAGAUCCCACCAUCCCCUCUUCCCUCUUUCCUCUCUUAUUAUGGCCACCCUCUUCUUUUGCAUGUCCUAAGUUAUAAUAAUGUAAUGUAAUAUUAUACAAGUUAUAAUAAUGUAUUGAUAAUAAAACUGUGUACACUCGCUG